AUGGCACACACGAGGAUGCCCCUAUGGGAAUCAAGCCCUACCCCUUCAGGCGACGAUAUGAUUGACCCGGUGCUGGCGCUGCCGUUAGAGAGUACGCUGACAACCACAACGACAGUUAAGCGUAAGAGGGCAAGCAAGCCUAAAGUCCGAACGGGAUGUAUCACUUGGAUACGGCGAGUAAAAUGCGACGAGACCAAGCCCGCGUGCACGCGGUGCACAAGCACGGGACGUAAAUGUGACGGGUACGAGGGGAUGCCGCCUCCACGGCCGAAGAAGCCCGCAGCAGCAGCAUCAUUACCACCAUCCUCAUCGUCGGCAUCCCCGGACCCGCAGCAGCUAAUAUCAGCCACCGCUCCGUUUCCCUCGCCUGCCGUCUUUGGCGGUGCUGACGGGUAUCUGGCGAGGCGGCAGGACCUCGCGCGGAACAGCUUCGCGGCAGCGUGCCGGGGGAACUCGGCGCUGCAGGUCCUGCGGCCGCUGGCGGCCGACAUCCAGGGCACGGAGGAGGAGCGGGCGUACUUCCACCGGUUCCGGCGGGCGGCGGAGGCCGGGCUGGCGCUGCACGCGUCGAGGUUGGGGACGUCGUUCUGGCGGCGUCUGGUGCCGCAGGUAGGGCGCUCGGACGCGGCGAUCCGGCACGCGCUGAUCGCGCUGGGGGCCGCGUACGAGAGCAUGCAGUGGCAGCAGAGCCAACAAGAACGACAUAACCAGACCCAGAACCAGAGCUACCAAACAACCACAACCACAACAACGAUGAAGCUGCAACAACGAGUACCGAGGACGUCGCCUUCUCCCAGAGGCGGAAGCCCGGCGGCCGAGCAACCGUACAUCUCGACGCCGCCGCCCGAGGACAAUUACCAGUGCGGGGACCAGUUGGAGCUAUUCAUGAUCCGGCAGUACAACCUGUCGAUAUACCAUCUGCAGCGACACGUGCAGCCGGGGUCGCCCCCCGAGAGUGUCGAGACGACGCUGAUAUGCUGUCUGAUCUUCGUGUGCAUCGAGACGUCCCGCGGCAGCGAGGCCGCGGCGCUCGCGCACGUUGCUAACGGCCUACAGAUUAUCAGGGCUUUACCGGCGGAUUCGGAACUUAUGUACCUUUCGUCGAACCGUGGUGGAGGUCACAGCGAAAGUAGUAGCAGCAGCAGUAAUCAGGGGUAUAGCAGUAGUCGUGAAGCAAGUGGUUUCCCGCCGCGAAUAUCACGCUCCGACUGGCGGCAACUUCUCGACUUUUUCCUCUCCCUCGAGCCUCGUGCUGCCAUACAUUAUUAUACCAGCAGCCAACCGGCCAGCCCGUCAUAUCCGCCUGCUGCUGCAUGGGAAAAUACGCCGGAAUGGUAUGGCGAGAUGAUAUCGCAGUGGGACGUCGAGGGGACGGAAGGAGAGAUGAGACAUUAA